CAAAGUUGUGUUGACAGUAGUAGCAGCAGAAACUGGCAGGGCGAGGUAGCUAACAUCACGAGCCGAAUGGAGUAAUUAUCGCGUUACAUUUCAAGAAAACCGACCCACCACAUUCCUUAUAACAUUGUUAACCUCCAACGAAGCCAUGGCAGAGGACUCGAGUGCUCAAACUUGGUCUAUCAACAAGGACGACUAUGUACUCAACGAGGUGAUUGGGAGUGGUGCCACGGCCGUGGUGCAGGCGGCCUACUGUGAGCCCAGGAAGGAGAGGGUGGCCAUUAAACGCAUUAACCUGGAGAAGUGUCAGACCAGCAUGGACGAGCUCCUGAAAGAGAUCCAGGCCAUGUCCCAGUGCCACCACCCCAACAUUGUGUCCUACUACACGUCUUUUGUAGUGAAGGACGAGCUGUGGCUGGUGAUGCGGCUCCUCAGUGGUGGCUCAGUACUGGACAUCAUUAAACACAUCAUAUCUCGUGGGGAGCAUAAGUCUGGGGUGCUGGAUGAGUCGUCCAUAGCCACCAUCCUCAAAGAGGUCCUAGAAGGACUAGAGUAUCUGCAUAGGAACGGACAGAUCCACAGGGAUCUAAAGGCUGGAAAUAUUCUUCUUGGUGACGAUGGCUCCGUGCAAAUCGCAGACUUUGGUGUGAGUGCCUUCUUAGCGGCGGGAGGAGACAUGACCAGGACUAAGGUCAGGAAGACGUUUGUUGGGACGCCAUGUUGGAUGGCCCCAGAGGUCAUGGAGCAGGUCCGAGGUUAUGACUACAAAGCAGAUAUCUGGAGUUUUGGGAUCACAGCCAUUGAGCUGGCUACAGGCGCUGCUCCAUACCACAAAUAUCCACCCAUGAAGGUGCUGAUGCUAACCCUGCAGAAUGACCCUCCCUGCUUGGAGACCGGCAUCCAGGACAAGGAGAUGGUGAAGAAGUACGGGAAGUCCUUCAGGAAAAUGAUCUCUCUAUGUCUGCAGAAGGAGCCUGAGAAAAGACCAACUGCUGCUGAGCUGCUAAAACAUAAAUUCUUCACGAAAGCAAAGAAUAAUGAAUACCUGGAAGAGAAGCUGCUCCAGAAGGGUCCGUCGAUAGGAGACCGAUCCAAACGAGUGCGUCGUGUUCCUGGCUCCAGCGGUCGUCUCCAUAAGACCGAGGACGGGGAGUGGGAGUGGAGUGAUGACGAGUUGGACAUGGAGAGUGAGGAGGGCAAGGCUGCGGUUGCGGCUCUACGGUCUCCCAGAGUGAAAGAUGGAUCCAUCGAGAUUUUCCCUCCAGAGGAUGGUUCUCCCAGUCUGCUCCGUCCAGGAGAGGCAGGACAGGACAAGGACAAGGACAAGCCAGGUGAGGCCACCCUGAUCCAGGGAGACGUCCCAGCGCAGGACCCUGCUGCCUCCACCGCCACCAAAGUCCCCAUCAGCCUGGUGUUAAGGUUGAGAAACUUGAAGAAAGAACUGAAUGACAUCCGGUUUGAGUUCAUGCCUGGAAGAGACUCCGCUGAUGGAGUGUCUCAGGAGUUGGUGUCAGCAGGACUGGUCGAUGGAAAAGAUUUAGUGGUCGUUGCUGCCAAUUUGCAGAAGAUUGUUGAUGAUCCUCUCAACAAUAGAAAUGUCACUUUCAAACUUGCGUCUGGCAUAGACGAGUCGGAGAUCCCUGACGAUGUGAAGCUGAUGGGUUUCGCUCAGCUCAGCAUCAGUUAACUCAACGUUCCGUCAACAAAGAACGACAAACAGUAUUGCACAGCAGCAUAGUUCUAAAUUCCAAGACACCACCGCUGCCAAAGAGGAGAGCUGCAUUUGUCAACCUGUAGGGAUCUUUUCUUUACUGAAACCUGCUGUGUUAGUUAAAAUGGACGGGCUAUGAGAACGGGACCAGCGCAACAAUAAAAACAACAACAACAACAACAACAGUUAGAACAGGAAAUCACAUUUUGAAAGAGUUUAUAGCAGGACCGAUCGACAACGUGUAUCUGGGAGGGAGGACGACGUCGCAAUCAACGAUGUCAUCAUCGACUUAAAAAAAAUAAAACAACAAACCGUUUCUUAGUUAGUGUUGUACAAUCCAAAGCGUUAUAUAAUAAAAAUGUAACUGCUGCCAGUUCUGGAAGUGGGAACAACAACAACAACAUAAAUGCCUUUUUAUCAACCGUGCCACUGAACCAAAUGAGUGUUGUGUGUGUGUAGUGGCCUCCACUGGUAGACAUCCUCAUCUGAAUCAUACAGGAUGCCACGUCCCAAAUGGACACCUUAUUCCCCUAUAUAGUGCAUUUCCUAUGGGCCUUGGUCGAAAGUAGUUUACUAGGUAGGGAAUGGGGGUGACAUUUGGGACGCGGACAUGGUAUAUUAGGAAGUGUAAAGGAGGGGGGGCCUUAGUUAGUACAGAUCUAUUACAGUAUGGAUCUAAGUAGAGGGAAUGAGUGACUUGAGUUUCCUUGAUAAUAUUAUUGAUAUUAAACUAUAGGGGCCCCUAGUCUCACACAGUUAACCCCUUAUUACACAGUAACUAGCCAGUUUUUCAUGAACCAGAAAUAACUGGCAUUUAUCUUUUAGUGUUUAUCAUAACAUAAGUUGACAUAAGCUUUCUGAGGUGUAUCUGUUGAUUAUAAGCUCUCAUAGGUGUAUCAUAAGUUGACAUUAGCUGUCAUAAGUUAUCUUAACUGUUGACAUCAGCUGUUAUAACCGCUCAUUGGUGUAUCAUUAUGUUGACAUAAGCUGUGGUGUUAGUUGUUCAGGUUAUCCCAGACAAGACAGAAGGACAGACAGACAUCGUUGCUCUAAUAUGAAAGGGGUCUGUUCAGGAGUGAGUCGGUGUCUGCUCUGUUCAUUACAUUUCUAUCUGCAAACGUUCUGGACCAUUAGCCGGUGUUAAUACACAAAGAAGGUAAAACAAUACCUUACUGAGACCUUGAUUAUUAUGGUAAAACAAUACCUUACUGAGACCUUGAUCAUUAUGGUCUUGGGAGUGACUAUGCAACUUUGUCUCUGAUGUCCAGCACCAGCGGUACACUAGCCACUGGAUCUCCGUUAUCUCACUAGCUAGCUAGCUGUCAUCAUUAUGUCUGUUAUCUCACUAGCUAGCUAGCUGUCAUCACUGUCUGUUAUCUCACUAGCUAGCUAGCUAGCUGUCAUCACUGUAUGUUAUCUCACUAGCUAGUUAGCUGUCAUCACUGUCUGUUAUCUCACUAGCCAGCUAGCUGUCAUCAGUAUGUCUCUAUACAUUUGUCUGUUUCGUCAUCGUAGAUGGACAAAAUAAUUUGUCGUGCUCCAAUCCAUCCACUCACCUGAAAGUCACCGACUGUUGUCACUCCCACUUUACGUUGUAUGUUGGUUGGUUGGCAGUGUUGGGGAACCUACUAUGAAAAUAUAGUUUACCAAGCUACCAAUUACUUCACGCUAGAAGAAGUUAAGCUGCACUAAAAGCUACCCUUAAGAAAAACAUAGCUUACUUAACUUAAGUUACAUCCAAACUACUUUGUGAAAAAUGAUAUCUAACUGAAAUGUCAGACUACAAAUUGCAGGAACAGAUCUCACUGGAGUCAGAUGUUAACACUAUAAUUUAGCCUAUUAAACACAAAAUAGUGAGAAUUAGGCAGGUCUGAUUCCAAAAAAGAAUGUACAUUCUUGCCUACUUCACACAUUUUUAUUAAAUCGUUGCAACAAAAAAAACAAGUAGUGUGUAGUUCCAGUAGUUAGCUACACCGCUACAUGGCUAUAAAGUAACUGACUACUGAAAACACUACCUAGACUUGAAUUUUGUUCGACUACCACCAACCAAGCUACUGCAAAAUGGAAUUCCAAUUACUAGUUGAACUAAAAUUUUUAAUGUAGUUCACUACUCCCCAACACGGUUGGUUGAUGUGUGACGUGUGUUUCCUAGUUCAGGUACUGUUGUAAAUCGGUCUAUUUAGCAGGGGUGUUCAAAAAAGGUACGUACAUUAUUAUAAUGGGAACGGAUGAUGGAUGCCACAACAUGCACGGUCAGUCACACACCCUCCCAAAGGUCUGUUUUUGUGAGUAGGAGGCAAAGCAAAGCAUUGACUGUUUUCUGGAGUACAUUUCCAAAAUGGGAAGAAGGUUCUUAUUGUACAUAUGAUUACGUCAGAAAAACAACUGGUAUACUUGAUCAGCUCAUCCAGUCUAUAGGUUAAAACAAUGAAACUACAGUGAGGUGUUUGUUUUUGUUUUUUUUGAUUUUGUAUUGAGUUUUCCCACUGUUGGCCUUCUGUUUAGAUAUUCAUCACUAAUUCCAAGUUUUGUUGCUAAUCAUGCCACAUCUGAUUUGCUAAGUUCGCACCUUUAUUAUUAUCAAUAUAUAUAUUAACAUAGCUGCAUAUUUUAGUUAGUUCAAAAGGCUUGUGAUCUGGCUCACAUGCUAUGCUUUUGUUUUCAUGGAGAUAUUAAUAUGCAAUUUGUAUUUUUUGUUUUGUUUUUCCAUUGUUUGUUUUUUCUUCUAAUCACUGAAACCUGUCCAGUUUUAGAGUUGGUUUUCCCGUAGUAAAUCACACAAACUGGAAUGAUGUUCCUAUACAAAUGUAAAAGUAGUUCUAGCUAACAAAUGCAAAUGACACAACUGACACCAUUCCCGCUAGUGUGAUAUGUUGCUUUCAGACUGAGCAAUAUGUUGAAGAAAGUUAGCCUGGGUGCCAGUCUCUUUGUACCAUCAUGCCAAAUCCCUGUCACUCAUUGUCAUGGAAAACAAUGUAAUUGGCAUGAGAAUAAACAGAUUUGAGACACCCCUCCUAUAUUGUGAUACCAUUUGGAAAGCCACUGUUGUCAGGUAGAUAUGUCACAAGGCAAACUCUUUGAAUGAUGAGUAUUUAUUAUGACACUCACUUGGAUCUGAAUGAACUUUAUGAUUUGGUUAUUUUUAUUUGUUGGAAGUUGGUUUACUUAAAACCAAUGCAUAUAUUUUCGAUGUUAUGUGUAUCGUCACAAAACGUGCAAGUGAUCAAAAUCAAUUGUGUUGAUUAUUUGAAGAAUGUUAUUUGUGAAACCUUAGAAUUAAAUUACAAAACUUGAUGUCAUGAAUUAAAAGCCCUUUGCAGAAUCAAUGUUGUAAAUGUGCUGUUAACAUUUUUUGCCAUCACACAAAAACAUGAAAAUAAUUCUGGUCAACUAUUAUUUCAAAAAACUGGUGAAUAGGCAAAUAAAAUCUCAUGAUUUGAA